AUGAGCGUUCAGGGGCCAGAGAGGGGUGGAAUGCCCAAUCUGAGCCCGAACCCGCAGGCUCAGACUGGUCCUCCCGGCGGGCCUCCUAUGGGACCUCCUGAUCCGGCCAAUGGAGCGUUCCCGGGUGGUAUACCAAACAAGAAUAUUGACUUGCCGGUCACUAUCAUGUUUAUGGUGUUGUUCAUGCUUGGUGCGUACGUGCACUUGAGCAUUUACCGGAGGAAUGCCAAGCGCGGUCACAAGUUCCUGAUUUCAGAUAUCGUCUUCGACUUCUGUAUGAUCCGAACAGUUACUUGCAUUUUUCGUAUCACAUGGUCGAUUGUGUCGACCCGAGGGGUUGUGUUGCUCGCGUUGAUCACUGAGAACGGAGGUGCUGCUCUCAUGUUUGCCGUUAACAUAUUCUUCGCCCAACGCCUGGUCCGCUCGAUCCAUCCGAAAGCCGGGUGGUGCACCGCGUUUAGUCAAUUCAGUUUAAUCCUGCUCUUCUCGGUUCCGGCUUUUAUCAUUCUUAACAUGACAUCGACAAUCAUUGCGUUUUUCAGUGUUGGCAAUGUAGAUCGCCUGGAAACCACAGACGAUUUGCUCAAAUUUGGAAGCUCAUGGAACACUUUCCUCUCCAUAUUCCCAGUCCUUGUCGUAAGCGGAUGCCUCUCUGUGCCAGGACCCAAGCCAGAGAAGUUCGGUUCUGGCUCACAGAGAGUCAAGGUGGCCCUGCUUUACUUGGGCUCAUUCCUUUUGAUUACUGGACAGUCCAUUCGUCUGUUCGCCGUCUUCAACAAGGAACUACCAGGAGCCACGCCGAGCGUGAUUUACGGCAAAGCAGUAUUUUACACGACGGGGUUCUUCUUUGAGCUCAUAGUUGUCGCACUCUACGCCGUCAUGAGGGUUGACCUUCGGUUCCACGUCCCGAACGGAGCAAGUGGACCCGGGGACUACUCCGGUGACAGGGACAAGGGCAGCUACUCUGUCGAAGAGAUUGAGCGGCUCAUUGACGAUUUGGAGGUGCCUCAUCAGAUCAUGCGCGAGAGAAAGGGACCGGAAGACAUGGAGAUGGUAUUCACCAUUUUCUUCGCCACCAAGGACGCCGGAAAGGAUAAUGAAAAGAAGGAGGCCGGAGAAGGGUCAGACGAAACAUCGUCUGGUACCAACGCCGAAGAUGCAGCACUGCCGGAGAGGCCAAAGAGGAUUACCAGGAGGCAAACACUCAUCGAUGCCAUCAACCGACCACCACGACGUCCCACGAGACCGUCCAUGUAUUCUCAGUUCGACAACGGACAAGCAUACGACCCCAGGGCCGAUGCGCGGUAUCAGCAGCAGUACUGGGGUGCAUCGCCGCCCUAUGGAAACGAGAAGGAAGGCAUGAAAAGCGUAGACUUGAGACGAUGA